AUGGCAAGCACCCCGAGCAAGUCCGACGAGCAUGACCAGAAGACCUUGGAAUCCGUCUUUGUCGACCCUAUUUUAUCGGUCUCCGACGGUUUGAAAGAGCCCCAAGUGGAGCCUGAAGUAUCCGACAUCACAAUUCCUGAUGGUGGUUGGCAGGCUUGGCUUACUGUCACUGGGAGCUUCCUCCUUAUUUUCGUUACCUUUGGCUCCUCAACAUCUUUCGGUGUCUUCCAAAAUUACUAUGCACAGCAGAAUACCUCGACGUCGUCGAAUAUAAGCUGGAUCGGCUCCGUGCAGCUAGCUCUCUUCUACUUUGGAGGGCUGCCGGCCGGCCGGCUGUUCGACGCGGGUUAUUUUCGCCAUAUCCAGAUUGGUGGUUCCCUCCUCUUCUGCUUCUCAUUUUUCAUGCUUUCAUUGGCGGACACAAGCAACUACUAUCAGCUGUUGCUGUCUCAAGGCGUCGGAAUGGGACUGGGCGGCGGGCUGCUUCUUACUCCUGCUCUUUCUAUCCCGUCACAUCACUUCAAUAAGAAGCUAUCUCUCGCUCUCGGUAUCGCACAAGUUGGCUCCUCUGCAGGAGGAAUCAUCAUGCCGAUUAUGCUGAAUCAGCUCUUCAAUGGCCGUGCUGGUUUUGCAUGGGGCGUGCGUGCAACUGCAUUCCUCGUACUCGGUUUGCUCGCAAUCUCCUGUUGUAUCAUGAAGACCCGGUUGCCACCAGCGCAGCAUCAAUCACAGAUCUCGAUGAAGGCGCUCGUAACAGACACGCCGUAUGCAAUCUCCUUGUUCGGGGUGUUCAUGGUCAUGUGGGGAUUGUUCUUCCCCUAUUUUUACCUGCAGGUGUGGGUGACCGAGCAUGGGCUGUCGAGCACCCUUUCCUUCUAUACGAUCCCCAUCCUGAAUGCCGGAACCAUUUUCGGGCGUAUUAUUCCGAAUUUCAUCGCAGACUACGUGGGCGUUUUCAAUAUGUUUUGUCCUAUGGCGCUCGUCAGCGCAGCGUUGAUCUUCGCCAUGUUCGGGGUGAUGAGUCCCGGAGCUGUCAUCGUGUUCACGAUUCUGUAUGGAUUCUUCACGGGUUCAUGUAGAAUCCGCAUCGGUCUUUGCCUCUUCGUAGUUGCAUUUGCAGUGCUGUCUGGCACACCAAUCGACGGUGCAUUAGUGGGCUCCGAAUAUGUCUGGUACAAGGCACUCCUCUUCAGUGGCAUCAUCAUGUUAGUCGGUUCGGCCCUGUUAACAAUCGCAAGGCAUCUAUUUGCGAAGAGAAAGGGAACCGUCUGGACCUGA